AUGGCCAUACACGCUUUCAAACUCCAGCUUCACAACUUCAUCCGCUGCAUGUGCGACGAAGGAUUCGUCAACGAGCAAUUCGUUCAACUUGAAGCGGCGAGGCAACAUCCUUUGCGCCGCGACGCUCUCAUCCGAGCGGUCAUCGCCUACUUCCUCUCUUCCAAACACCUCUUUUCUGCUAUUACUAUCGAACUUGACAAGCAGCAAGUUGAUUUUGAAAGAGUUAAUGCUCUUGCACGGGAUUUCUAUGCCAGAUCAUGCAGUAUUGGUGCAGAGAGUGUAAAACAAGCAUGUGCUGAACUUAUUCAAGCAUCUGAGAGGAAAGAUAAGGACAAUUGCUCCCUCACUUUAUAUUGGACCAAGCACAGAUUUUCUAUUUUGAGGAGCAAGUUGGAAACCCUUGUGAAGGCAUUUGGAGAGGAUGGUGGGAAAAGAGUGGUGGUUUAUCUCAAGAAUAUGAUUGUUGAGGGUCUUCUUGCUCAUAAACUGCAGAAGCAAAAAUAUCGUAAAAGGACUGUUUCAAUUUCCAUUCUUUCUCCAUCUUCAAAUGUUGCCCAAACAUCUAUGCAGUUUCAUUCUUUCUCCAAUAUUCAUCAUGUUCAGCCCACUUCAAUAAUACAAAUUUAUAAAAUACUGAACUUCGUGGUUUCUUUAGAGGAAGAAGUGGUCUUUCUAAUCGAGAAAGAGGACGCGGUGGUUGUAGCUCUACUCAGUGCCAAGUUUGCUUCAUGUUUGGUCAUAUUCCUCUCAUUUACUACAAUCGUUUCAAUCCUCAAUUCCAACCAUCUUAGAAUACGUCUAUGGUAUGCACUUUCCUUUAUUUCAAGGAAAUGCUACACCUAG